AACAAAGUGACAAACUACAACUGCAACAAUGAAGCGCCUACUAAGUGUUCUAAGUGUUUGUUUUCUCGUGAUAUGCAUGUACGGCACAGCAGUGGCAAAGCAUGAUUCUCAGUUGCGGAAAGUUGUUGAUGAAUGCAAAGAUGAAUUAAAUUUACCAAAAGAUUUGACACUUCCUGAAAUGAUUGAAAAACAUGAGGACCAAAUGGGUUGCUACACUGGUUGCUUGUUAAGGAAACAGAAAGUAAUAGUAGAUGGUAAGUUCAUUAUCGAAGAGUUUGAAAAGAAAACUUUAAGCUCUGCAGAACAAGAAGUGAAAGAUAAAUAUAUAGAAUGUGUCGAUACAGCUAAUAAAGAAACAGGCGAAUGUGAAAUAGCUACUGCUUUUUUCGAAUGUAUUAACAAAAACUAUGAGCUAUUCGCUAAAAUUUUAAAAUCUUCGAUCAUUGAUUCUGGCAAUUCAUGAUCGUUGAAAUGCUUUAUUUUUUAGACACUCGUUACAUUGAGUGUUGUAAGGCGAAGCUCAA